AUGGAAGCUCAGCUCACACCGUGGCCCUCGGGACAGGCAGGGGGACGACUGAGAGGGCCCACUGACGCCCAAAGUGAUGCCCGCUCCUUCCUGACUGAGGAAAUGAUUGCAGAGUUCAAGGCCGCCUUCGACAUGUUCGACACAGACGGUGGUGGUGACAUCAGCACCAAGGAGUUGGGUACCGUGAUGAGGAUGCUGGGUCAGAAUCCAUCAAGGGAGGAGCUGGAUGCCAUCAUUGAGGAGGUGGAUGAGGAUGGCAGCGGUACCAUCGACUUCGAGGAGUUCUUGGUCAUGAUGGUGCAACAGUUAAAGGAGGACCAGGCUGGAAAGAGUGAAGAUGAGCUUUCAGAAUGCUUCCGGAUUUUUGACAAGAAUGGAGAUGGUUUCGUUGAUCGGGAGGAGUUCGGUGCUAUCCUCAUCAUGACUGGAGAACCAGUGGUUGAGGAAGACAUUGAUGAGAUGUUCGGUGAAGCGGACACAAACAAAGAUGGAAAGAUUGAUUUUGAUGAGUUUCUGAAGAUGAUGGAGAACGUCCAGUAAUGAAAGCAGCUUUA